ACGCUGAGCAGCGGAGCGCCGGGCGGAGCCGAGCGACGCGGUCAUAUCGGUGAAGUUGUGCCCAGUCUGAGCCGUUCAGCGCACAAUGGCUGUUUAAGUCGUGUCUUGGGAGUUAGAGAGUUGUGCUGUAACCCUGUAUUCAUUAAAGCGGUUUUCCCCGGAUAUUUCCACGCUCGAGCGGAGAGCAGGAGAGGACCACGAUGAAGUACAAAAACCUGAUGGCAAAGGCGUUGUACGACAAUGUCCCAGAAUCUCCAGAGGAGCUGGCCUUUCGCAAGGGCGAUAUCCUGACAGUCAUUGAGCAGAACACUGGUGGACUGGAAGGCUGGUGGCUCUGUUCGCUGCACGGUCGCCAGGGCAUCGCACCUGGCAACCGCCUCAAGCUGCUCAUUGGCCCCAUGUUUGAGAGCCAGACACCAGCCAGCCCCUCACUUUCUCAGAGCCUCGCCCAACAGCAGAGACCCCACACACCACAGGGCCUAUACCAGGUGCCCCCCUCCCACCAGCCCAGCCAGGGCUCUGCACAGGGCAUCUACCAGGUACCACCCUCACAGGAUUUGUACCAGGUCCCACAGAGGAGCGCACUGGCUACAGAUGGAAUGCCUAGCAAGGUGCUGACCCCAACGCGAGUUGGACAGACAUAUGCCUACAGCCCUGCACCCAACAACUCUCAGGACCUGUAUGAUGUGCCACCAAUUCGACAACAGGGGGUUUCACAGGUUUAUGAUAUUCCACCUGGGAAACAGAUAGGAAAGCACAUGAGCCCUCAUGGCCAGGGUCUAUAUGACAUCCCUCCAGCACAGGACACACGGAAUCAGGGGGUGUAUGACAUCCCCCCUCCAUCACAAGGGGUGUAUUCGAUCCCACCUUGCAGGAAUAAUGCUGUGCAAGACGAGGGCAACUACGACUUUCCCCAACCUCACAAACACAAGCCCGAGGGCAUAUAUGACGUUCCACCAUCAUUCGUCUCCAAAUCCACCCAGUGCUCCCAGUCCAAUUAUGACUUUCCUCCGGAACACCGUAUGGUUGCGAACAGCGACAACAGCAUCUAUGAUGUUCCUGCAAGCCAACCAGCUAUGGCAGGAUCCCGAGAUCUCUAUGAUGUUCCACAGGGGCUGCCACAGCGGGAUCGCAACAAGGGCAUCUAUGACGUCCCGCCAACAGAAUCGCGCUCACUGGCUGACGUAACCGAUGGCAUGAAUCGACUUUCGUUUUCCAGCACUGGAAGCACGCGCAGCAGCAUGUCUACUUCUUCCUCUUCGGCAGGGUCACCAGCUGAGGGUCGUUUAGCACUAGACCUGGACUCCGCCUUGCAGCGGCUCGGCCGCCUACAGCAAGGCCUAGAUACUUCUGUCUCUGCCCUCCAGAGCUUUGUUGCGUCGCCCAACUGGCGGACGUAUGGCUUCAUGGAACGCCAUGGCAAUGAAGUGCGCCUGACACUGGAGCGUGUGCGUAGCACCCUGGCUGAAAUCCUGGCCUUCGGGCGAGGGGCAGUCGCCAAUGCCACAGCCCUGUCUGACCCAGGGUUACACUCGAAGCUGCGCCGGCAGCUGCAGAGGCUAGAAGACUCACAGCAGAUCCUGCAGCAGACUCACCAGAGCCUAGAAAACAGUGGUUGGGCACUGAACGUCCUGGCAGCAGGAGGCAAGCAGCAGGGCAAAAGCGAUGACUUGGACCGUUUUAUCAUGGUGGCACGGACAGUGCCGGAUGAUGCCAAGCAGUUAACAUCAACAAUAGGAAGCAGCGCAGAGCUGCUUUUCCGAAGGCCACCAGUAGAGGGCGUCGUUCACCCCUUCACCUGCUCCCCAGCAGAGGAGGACAACCAUGGCUGCAAGACCAAACCUUUCCCCGUGCCACAGGACAGCGAGAAGUGUGUGAAAAGCUGGAUGGAGGAUUACGAUUACGUACAUUUGCAGGGUAAAGAAGAGUUUGAGCGUCAGCAGAAGGAGCUCUUAGACAAGGAAAACAUCAUGAAGCAGAGCAAAGUCCAGCUGGGGCAGGAACAGUUAAACCAGUUCAAGCAGUUGGAGCAGGAGGUGAUCAAACCUGUAGAGAACGACAUCACUCAGUGGAUCUCCCAUCAGCAUUCCACAGGCUCCUCAUCCCCUUCAGACUCUUCCUCCUCCUCCUCCUCUUCCUCCUCCUCCUCUGUGGGGGUCGGGGCUCAGCAGUGUGGCCGGGACCGCCAGCUGCUAGGCUUCUACGCUGAGCAGUGCGAGCAGCACUUUGUGACUCUGCUUAACGCCGUGGAUGCGUUUUUCGGUUGCGUGGCAGCCGGACAGCCUCCGCGAAUCUUCGUAGCGCACGCCAAGUUUGUCAUUCUCAGUGCUCACAAGCUUGUGUUUAUUGGGGACACUCUCUCACGACAGGCCUCGACGCCCGAUGUGGCCAACCGGGUGAUGGACUCCAGUAAUGUGCUUUGUGAGAUGCUCAAGACAGUGGUGGGCGCCACCAAGAUGGCCGCACUUCAUUACCCUAACACAGCCGCUGUGCAGGAGAUGGUCGACCGCGUCACGGACCUUUCACACCGGGCACAGCAGUUUAAAGCGCAGCUCUUGCAAAUGGCAGCAUUGUGAUCUCAUCAGUGCGAGCCAGUUCUAACGAAGACGGUCUGAACGUUGUAAUUUAUAUGUAUUGGGCACAUCAACAAAACGGUCUUUUGUACAUAAGUACCAUUUCCUUCUCCUCUGUAAAUAUUCGGCUCUAUUUUUGUUUAGAUUUGUUUUAUAUAAUAUUAAG